AUGGGAACCAAGGAGCUUUUGGACAAAACUUGCAAGAAGACACUGGAUUACAAUCUCUGUGUUUCAUCUCUACGAUCAAAUUCUCAAAGUUGGGAUGCAGAUGUUCAAGGUCUAGCUGGCAUAAUGGCAAAUAUAACUUUGUCAAAUGCAACUGAUACGCUAAAUUACAUACAAGUGAAAGUCAAUCAGACCACAGAUCCCAAGCUAGAACGAUCCUUAGCUUACUGUGCUGAAGUGUACAUCCCAGUUGUGCAGUACAUUCUUCCCCAAGCUAUCAUCGCCUUGAAUAGCGGUCGCUAUGGAUUUGCCAAGUAUGGGAUAUCUGAUGCCGCUGAUGAAGUUGAUUCAUGCAAAGGGUUGAAGGAAUCACCACUGACUGAUAGGAACCAACUCGUGCAACGCCUCUGUGGUGUAACUGUGGCCAUGGUCGAUGCAUUGCUGAAGAAAUGA